AUUCUAUCGGCGUGCUCAAUGUCCAGUAUCUGCCAUCCAGACGGCUUAAACAUAAACAUUUGAUAUAACUAAUUCCCAGUACUAUAUCAAGUAGAAAUCUCGAUUAUAAAACUCCUCGUUUCUCCCGAUUAUACCUCCCCAUCUCCCGUACUAGUUAUUGUACAAUACAGUGUUUACAACCUCGAAUUCUCCCACAUCCGCACAGUAUAAUUACUGUGAAUAUCCCCAACAGUGAAUCCUUGCACAGACGUCAUCGCCGGCUUAUUAGGUUCGGGGACGUAGUAACAUCCGUGUUCCGGGUUAUGCAUCCCUAGAUACGUACCAUCGGUCUGGAAUCCCACGACAGCAUUUCCCUAAGAAUUUCGUCAAUCUAUCGACAACCUGCUUGCUUGGGACUCUCAUUUUCCGGACGACUCUCUAUGGCUUCCUCACUACGAUUAAUUAUUGAGGAUGGUCAUUUCCAGGACGCGUAUGGGAGACAUGUCUUGCUAAGGGGCAUCAAUGUUGCAGGUGAUGCUAAACUACCAAGUCAACCCGAUGUGCCUUCGCAUGUCACCCAAGAUUUCUUCGACGGUGAUAAUGUUAAAUUCCACAGCCGACCUUUUCGAAAAGAAGACGCGCACAUACACUUUUCUCGUUUGAAACGCUUUGGAUACAAUACUAUUCGCUAUGUCUUUACGUGGGAAGCCAUCGAGGCUGCCGGGCCCGGGAGGUAUGACGAGGUUUGGAUUCAGCACACGAUUGAUGUUUUGAAGGCGGCUAAAGACUACGGAUUUUACAUAUUCAUGGAUCCUCAUCAGGAUGUUUGGUCGCGAUAUUGUGGCGGAUCUGGGGCCCCUAUGUGGACGAUUUACGCCUGCGGACUGAAUCCCCAGAGCUUCGCCGCCACCGAAGCCGCCAUCGUACACAAUACGUAUCCCGACACCGAGAAUUUUCCAAAAAUGAUAUGGUCGACGAACUAUUACCGACUAGCAGCAGCUACGAUAUUUACGCUCUUCUUCGCCGGUCGAGAUUUCGCCCCGAAAUGUAUAAUAGAUGGCAUCAAUAUCCAGGACUAUCUCCAAGGACAUUUCGUACGUGCUUGUAAGCAUCUAGCGAAGCGUAUACACGAAGCUGGUGGUAUUGAAAAUGAUAUCGUUUUCGGAUGGGAGAGUUUAAAUGAGCCGGGCAGAGGGAUGAUUGGACACGUCGACUUAAGCGUCAUCCCAAGUGAACAGCAGCUCAAAAAGGGGUCAUCUCCAACUCUUUGGCAGGCUAUCCUCACGGGGUCCGGACGAGCAUGCGAGGUUGAUACAUGGGAUAUGGGAGGCUUAGGUCCAUACAAGACCGGGCGUGUUUUGAUCGAUCCUCACGGCGAGCAGGCAUGGUUGCCGGCGGAUUAUGACGAGUCUCGAUAUGGUUGGAAACGAGAUCCCGACUGGAGAUUAGGUGAGUGUCUCUGGGGCCAACAUGGGGUGUGGGAUCCAUCUACGGAUAUGCUUUUACGAAAGGACUACUUCGAGAAACACCCGACUAGUGGCGAUAAACUGGACUUCCACACUUUUACAAACACAUACUUCAUGGCAUUCUAUCGCAAAUAUCGGGAUGCUAUAAGGGAUAUCCACAAAGAUGCGAUUAUGCUUUGUCAGCCACCAACCCUAGAAGUGCCCCCAAGCAUCAAAGGCACCGAAGAUGACGACCCGAGGAUGGUUUACGCGCCCCACUACUAUGAUGGCAUCACGCUCAUGACCAAGAAGUGGAAUCGGACAUGGAACGUAGACGUUUUUGGAGUCCUUCGUGGCCAUUACUGGCACCCGGCUUUCGCUAUUAAGAUUGGCGAGACGGCUAUCCGAAACAGCUUCAAGGAACAGUUGGCGGCUAUGAGAAAGGAAGGUCAGGACUAUAUGGGAAAUCACCCAUGUAUUCUCACCGAAUUUGGUAUUCCAUAUGACAUGGAUGAUAAAGGCGCCUACAAGACAGGUGACUAUUCAAGUCAGUCCGCGGCUAUGGAUGCGAAUCACUUUGCUGUUGAAGGCGCAUUGAUGGAGGGAUAUACAUUAUGGGUGUAUUGUGCGACGAAUGACCACCAGCGAGGUGACCAGUGGAAUGGCGAGGAUCUAUCCAUCUUUUCCGUUGAUGACCAAACUUUGCCUGUUUCCCCUCUUCCACCAUCGCCUAGUCUCAACCGGUCAACUUCUAGUCUCGCGAAAUCAGUGGCUACCAGGAAAGAAGUCGAGGAUGAAACCUCGGUCACUCCCGGCAAUUUGAAGCGUGUUCUGACCAACCCCUCAAUCGCGUCAACGCCGACAAGUCAAAACCCCGAAUUGACUAACGCUCCUGGAUAUCGUGCCGCGGAAGCUUAUGUUCGUCCUGCACCGAUAAGUACGAAUGGGCCAAUCAUAGAUUAUACCUUCGACCUUAAGAAUUGCGAGUUUGUUAUGGAAAUUGAGGGAACUGCGGCCCAAUCUAACGACUUUCCCACGACUGUGUUCCUACCCGAAUAUCAUUUUCCCAAGGAUCAAUGCACAGUGGCUGUUAGCUCCGGUAAGUGGGAGAUCAGCACGGACGACGAAGAACGCACAUGGAUCCAAAAACUCCGGUGGUGGCAUGGUGAGGGCAAGCAGAGCCUAAGAGUGAAUGGUAUAGUACGGCCACAUAAUGCCCUGGCUGGCACGGCCGAGGAAGCUGGAUACCUGCAGCAAUGUCAGGAAUCCUACAUGUCCAGCUUUAAAGAUUGCAUCGUCAUGUGAUCAGCGUCAUGGUUAUGGAAGUAUACCUACUAUAUGUAUUUAAUUACUUGUGCGAGUUUUGCGGCUAAGAUCUGCGAUGUCGGUUGCUUCGAGUACCUAUACCACCUAGGUAGGUAUUCGUCUAGCUUGGGGAACGAUCAUAAAGGUGUUAGGGGUUUUUGGGUUGCACGACUUCUAAUGUCAGGCAUGUAAGACGAGGGGAUAAUCUCGAUCAAGACAAAUUAAACUGCAUGUCUCUAUGGUCCCGACGCUUUCCUGCAAGGAACAUCAGACACCUAAGUCAUCAAUGUAUUGAAAAUCGGCCCCCAACGGUGAACCCCGAAAUGUCUAAAAUUGUAGAGCU